UCUGAAAGAGCUGUCGCAAUGCGUUGGCUACCCAAUUCCUGGCUUUUUCUGUUGGCCACAUUUUUGGGCCAGACAUGGGGUUAUUCCUACCUGUUGGUGAGCCAUACUGCAUCGAAAUCACAUCAUGCAGUUGGUUUCGCCUUGGCCAAAGGUCUGGCUAACGCCGGUCAUGAAGUCACUUUGAUAUCACCAUUUCCCCAGAAGAAGCCUGCUAAGAACCUAAUCGAUAUAGACACGCCGAAUGUUAUCACCGUGAUGGGAGUUCACAAGGCAAGAAUUCUGGAAAAUGCCAAGAAGCCGGUGAUUUUGCGCUACCCAACAAUGAGUGCCAUGGGUUUGGAUUUGACAGAAGCUCUUUUCAAGGCGCCGGCAGUGCAGGAGUUACUGGCCCAAAACCGAACCUUCGAUGGAGUCAUCUGUGAGACCUUCAUGAACGACGCCCACUAUGGGUUUGCCGAGCACUUUGGAGCUCCCUUGAUUACCCUGAGCACUUUGGGAGCCACUGGCUGGACCUCUGAUCUGGUGGGCACUCCGUCACCAGCCUCGUAUGUGCCGCAUAAUUUACUGCGCUUCGGUGACCACAUGAACUUCUGGGAGCGAGGCCAGAAUCUUGGAUUCCAGAUUUACGAAUUUAUCUACCAGAAUUUGAUCAAUCUACCCAGGCAUGAGGUGCUGUACAGGAAAUAUUUCCCCAACAACAAACAGGACUUCUAUGAGAUGCGCAAGAGUACCUCGUUGGUGCUACUCAACAAUCAUGUUUCGCUCAGCAAUCCGCGACCCUAUUCUCCAAAUAUGAUAGAAGUUGGUGGGAUGCACGUCAAUCGUAAGGCCCCAAAGCCACUGCCCAAGAAUAUCCGGGAAUUCAUCGAGGGAGCCGAGCAUGGUGUCAUCUACUUCUCAUUGGGCUCCAAUUUGAACAGCAAGGAUCUGCCCAAGAAGAAGCGAAAAGCCAUUGUGGAGACUCUGAGGGGCCUGAAGUACCGAGUACUUUGGAAGUACGAGGAGGAGAGCUUUGAGGACAAACCCGAAAAUGUUUUUGUAUCCAAAUGGUUCCCCCAGGAUGAUAUCCUGGCUCACGAGAAAGUGAUUGCCUUCAUAACGCAUGGCGGACUUUUGAGCACCAUGGAAUCGAUUUACCAUGGCAAACCCGUCGUGGGAAUACCCUUCUUCGGUGAUCAAUUCAUGAAUAUGGCCAGAGCAGAGCAAUCGGGCUAUGGAAUCACUGUGAAAUAUGCUCAACUAAAUGCUCCUCUAUUCCGAUCCGCCAUCGAUCGGAUUACAAGUGAUCCCAGCUACCGGGAACGGGUCAAGGUCAUGUCCAACCAAUUUCGGGAUCAGAAGGAGACGCCACUGGAGCGCGCUGUUUACUGGGUGGAGCAUGUGACUCGGCAGAAGGGAGCCAAGUACCUGAGAAGUGCCUGUCAGGACCUCAACUUCAUCCAGUACAACAACCUGGAUGUCCUGGCCGCAUUCUUUUCCGUUUUUGGCCUAUCUCUUAUUUUUGCCUUUCUAACAAUACGAUUUGUGGUAAUCAAAGUAAAAAACAGUCUAUCAAAGCCAAAGAGUUCAAAAGAGAAAAACAACUAGUUUUA